UCCAUUUCUUCUAUUUCUGCAAGAAUCUUUCCUCUCCUUUUGCUUUUCUUCCCAGUCAGAGCUCCCCUUUUGUCUUUAAGACCAUCUCAUAUCUGAUGUUAAUCAUGAUAAAGUUCAUCCUUAUCGUCUUAUUAACUCAAAAAUCCAUCUGGGUAACAUCAAAUUCGCCUUUAAAUCUCUUUAAUCCCCUUCCCCUUUUGUGUUCUUGAUGUUUCAAUGUCUGUUUAUGUAAAUUAUCUUAUACCCAUGUUACUAAAUUGUCUUGAUGUGUAUUAUUAGUAGAGAAACAGGAUAUAUAGCUCAAAUUCUUUUGGUUUUACCCAAAUGGGCUGUCUCUAAGUGCACUUUCUGAGUUUUUCUACAAGAUUUCUGCUGGUUUGAACAUAGAAAAGUAUCAGAUUGUUAAUAGAAACUGGUUUUUUUUGUUGAGAUCUUGGAGUUUUGUGCUGUUGGUGAAGAAAAAUAUAGUUCCAAUAGCAAGUAAUCUGAUACUUUCUUGGGUUGUUAACUCUGCUUGUUAUCAUAUGCUUGUUGGCACUCCAUGAAUGUUCUGCUCCAGGCAUCUGCAUUUGGAAUCGAACGUCGGCUUUAGGCUUUUUCGACUUGUCUAAAGAACAUUGUUGUCGUUUCGAGCAGUCUUGAGCUAGUUCACUUUCAUUCUUCAACUGGUUUUGUUCAUAGGAUCGAUGGCUCAAGUGUUUCGUAAUUCUGUGGUUCUAGUCAUUGUCGUCCUUUUUGUUAGAAUCGAUCUUUCACAGCAGUUUCAAUCGUCUCCGACUCGGACCCUUUUAAGAAUACAGAAGCUUCUGAACUUCCCAGCUGCAUUGAGUAACUGGAAUGACAGCACAGAUUUUUGCAACCUGGAACCGGAUGCCUCCGUGACCGUUGUAUGCUAUGAGGGAAACAUGACCCAGUUGCAUAUAAUUGGCAAGAAAGGAGCUCUUUUACUACCCCGUAACUUUUCGAUGAGGGUUUUCGUUACUACCCUUGUUAAGCUUCCAGAUUUGAAAGUUCUUACAUUAGUUUCUCUUGGUUUAUGGGGGUCAAUACCUGGAAAAAUUGCUCAUUUAUCAUCAUUGGAAAUACUAAACAUGAGCUCUAAUUUCCUUUAUGGUGCUAUCCCUCAGGAAAUUUCGUUGCUGUCUGGUUUACGAACGCUUAUACUUGAUGAUAACAUGCUUGCAGGACAGCUUCCUGAUUGGUUCAGCGUGCUUCCGCUUCUAACCGUUUUGAGCUUGAAACACAACAUUCUCAAUGGAUCAUUGCCCGAUUCAUUUAGUGAGUUGGAAAAUCUUAGGAUUCUUUCCCUAUCGUAUAACCGUUUUUAUGGAGAGUUGCCUGAUCUAAGUACUUUGACAAACCUUCAAGUUCUUGAAUUGGAGGGCAAUGGCUUUGGACCUCAAUUCCCUCAACUUGGCAACAAGUUGGUUACCCUGAAACUGAGUAGAAACAAGUUCAGAUCUUGUAUCCCUGCUGAAGUUAGCUCGUUUUACCAGCUUCAACGUCUGGACGUUUCUUUGAAUUCUCUGGUUGGGCCGUUGCCAUCAGUAUUGUUUUCUCUACCAUCUCUUUCUUAUCUCAAUAUAUCAGGGAACAAGCUGACAGGAAUGAUUUUGGAUAAUAUUUCUUGCAAUGAUGAACUUAAAGUUGUAGAUCUAUCCUCAAAUCAUUUGACUGGAAGCUUGCCCAAAUGUCUUCUAGCCGAUACGAGGAAUCGGGUUGUCUUGUAUCCAAGAAACUGUUUUGUCACUGGAGAUCAACAGCAGCAUCCCGUUUCGUUUUGUCGAAACGAAGCAUUAGCUGUGGGCAUUAUACCUGAGGAAAAGAAAACGUACCAAUCACGAAAUACCUUUCUCGCCCCGAGUAUAGUUGGUGGUGUUGUUGGAGUGGUCAUUUUGUUCGGUAUAGUUUAUUUGGUCGUAAGAAGAAAGAAUGAGAAGAAUAUGGUGAAGAAUCCUCCAACAAAUUUAAUAGUAGAGAAUCCUUCUGCUGGGUACACCUCGAAGCUGCUCUCGGACUCAAGGUAUAUAUCUCAAACAAUGCCAUUUGCGCCGCUCGGCCUUUCAACUUAUAGAGUGCUCUCAUAUGAAGAGAUUGAGGAUGCUACCAACAACUUUGACUCUUCUGCUUUCAUGGGUGAAGGUUCUCAAGGACAGAUGUACCGAGGUCAGCUAAAGGAUGGCUCUUUGGUUGCCAUUAGAUGCCUUAAAAUGAAAAGAAGAUCUAGUAUCCAUAACUUCACGCAUCAUAUCGAUCUUAUUUCGAAACUCAGACAUCGUCAUUUGGUUAGUGCUCUUGGACACUGCUUCGAGUUGUACUUGGAAGACUCGAGUGUCAGCAGAAUAUUUCUCGUCUUCGAAUACGUUCCAAAUGGCACGCUUAGAAGUUGGAUAUCUGAGAGGCACACGAGGCACUCGAGGCGAUCGCUUGCUUGGACACAGCGUAUAGCAGCAGCGGUAGGAAUAGCUAAAGGCAUCCAGUUUUUGCAUAUGGUCGCUGGCGUAUACUCGAAUAACAUUAAAAUAACAGAUGUACUACUGGAUCAGAAUCUUGUUGCAAAAAUUAGCAGCUACAACCUUCCUCUGAUGGCUGAGAGCAUGGCUAAGGUCAGUCGAGGAGUUUCUUCAGGUGGAUCAAAGGAUUCGAGCGAUCAAGAAAGGAUCAAUCAAGAAGCUCAAGCUGACAUCUAUGACUUUGGAGCAAUAUUAUUAGAAACCAUUCGUGGGCGAUCCUUCAAAUCGAAAAACGAAAUAAAUGCUCAAAGGGAGAAGCUACAAGAAGCCAUUUCAGGGGAUAGCGUUGCGCGAAAGAACGUAGUCGAUCCCGCCAUUCAAAACGAAUGCUUAGAUCAAUCAUUGAAGACAAUGAUGGAAGUUUGUGUGAGGUGUCUGCUCAAAGAUCCAAUAACCAGACCUUCCAUUGAAGAUGUUAUCUGGAAUUUGCAGUUUGCUUCUCAGGUUCAGGACACUUGGUGCGGUGAGUACCGAAGCAGCGACGGGUCUCCCGUCUCCCCUUCUCAACCGAAACUCUCAAUCUGCUGAGUCUCACAAAGAGGUUCAUUUAGUUUAUCCAUAUCAGUUCUUGGAUCUUCAUAGACUCUUUCUGCUGCCAUGAGCUUCACUCUGUUAAAAGAACAGUUUAGUUGGUUUAGUCUUCAAAAUGAACAAAGUUUGGUUUAAUCUUUUAAUCCUUGAACUUCAAGCAUAUGGUUUAAACGUUAUAGUGGUGAGAGUCGCAAAAUGAGUGUCUUACACGUCUUCUUUUGAAAAUGAGUUUCUCGAGGACAAUGUUGGAUUGCUGACAUUGAACCCCAGCCCAUGAAUUGGAGGUUGAUAUAUUAGGUUGUUCUUUCGUACGGUAUUUGUAAAGAACUAAACGUGGACACAGGAGCAUUCAUGUCUUGAUAAUACCCGGAUGGAUGUUUGAA